AUGACUGAACAGACCUCUUGCCAUUUGCUGAAGUACCAUAUAACAAUGCUGUGCAUACCAGCACAGGAUGAGGACCCUGGGAAAUGGCUGGUUAUCACCUUUUCGGCUCGAAAUUCUCAUAACCACCUUCAUGCCAGUGGAUUGACUCUGGAUGGACUGGGCAUUGGGGAUGAUAAUCUAGAGCACUGGCAUAGCAAAGCCUGCAAAUGUGAUUGUCAAAGAAAUCCAAACUCAGUGUGGUCCAUCGAAACAGACAGUCUAGAUUGCAUGCCGGAGUGUCCCUAUCAUAAGCCUCUUGGUUUUGAAUCAGCAGCUGUCACUCCAGAUCAAAUAAGCUGUUCCAAUCCAGAGCAGUAUACUGGGUGGUAUGCUUCAUGGACUGCAAACAAGGCCCGGCUUAACGGACAAGGAUUUGGAUGUGCCUGGCUCUCCAAAUACCAAGAUACAAACCAGUGGCUACAGAUUGACUUGAAAGAAAUUAAAGUUAUUUCAGGCAUAAUUACACAGGGAAGAUGUGAUGCAGAUGAAUGGAUGACAAAAUAUAGUGUGCAAUACAGGACUGAUGAGAAUCUGAACUGGGUUUAUUACAAGGACCAAACAGGAAACAAUCGGAUUUUCUAUGGAAAUUCAGACAGAUCAUCAUCCGUGCAGAACCUCUUGCGCCCACCCAUUGUUUCUCGUUAUAUAAAGUUGAUACCCCUUGGCUGGCAUGUGCGCAUUGCUAUCAGGAUGGAGCUGCUGGAGUGCGUGAAUAAAUGUAUUUAA